GCAAAGAGGCGAACCUCAAAUUAUGCGAGGGGGAGACGUCGGACGGAGCGGGCGGACGAAGGGCGCAGUGAGGGCCAAAAGAUGCCAUCCAUCCUGCAGCCUACGAACUUUCCUUUUUGAACGAAAUCCAAUAGUAUGGGUAAGGGACAGCCUAGAGGUUUGAACGCAGCCCGUAAGCUUCGCAUUCACCGUCGUGAACAACGUUGGGCCGAUAAGCAAUACAAGAAGAGAGCUCUUGGUACCGCUUUCCGCUCCUCUCCUUUUGCCGGUGCUUCUCACGCCAAGGGUAUUGUCCUUGAAAAGAUUGGUGUUGAAGCUAAGCAGCCUAACUCUGCCAUUCGUAAGUGUGUCCGUGUUCAGCUUAUCAAGAACGGCAAGAAGAUUACCGCUUUCGUCCCCAACGAUGGUUGUUUGAACUUUGUCGACGAGAACGACGAAGUCCUCAUUGCCGGUUUCGGUCGUAAGGGUCGUGCUGUUGGUGAUAUUCCUGGUGUCCGUUUCAAGAUCGUCAAGGUCGCUGGUGUCUCCCUUCUUGCUUUGUACAAGGAAAAGAAGGAAAAGCCCAGAUCAUAAACAUAUCUUUUUUAUGGAAUAACACAUCGUGUAUUUACAGUUGGAUACUUCUACAAAUAUGAAACCGUUGGAAAUCUUGAUCAAAAAUUACGGACCAAAAAAAAGUAAUGGUCUUA